AUGGACAGUGACAGCUCCAGCUCUGACGAGGACAAAGUGGUAAUUGCUGUGCUAUUGGCGCGCAAAAGUAGCGCUCGAGCAUCUUUUCGCUUCAACUUUAACGUACCAGCACUUGACGGCACUUGGAAAAGAAAAUUCCGUUUCGAAAAAGAUGACAUUUUGCACCUUGUAGACCAUUUCAAGCUUCCAGAUCCAUUCCCGACUCGCCAACGCUAUCUCGUGUUAGCACUCGAGGCAGUAUGCAUAUUUCUCCGGCGUAUGGCAUAUCCGGCACGUUUAGAUGAUCUAAAGGACCUGUUCGGGCGGGACGAGGCAGCAAUUUCUUCGAUUUCUAAUGCGGUUCUAGAGUAUCGCUACGACACGUAUCACAAGUUUCUAAACUUUGACCAAGUCCGGCUUUGCAGUGACACACUCGACACGCACGCAAGAGCUAUCCAUCUAAAGGGCGCACCAUUACGGACGUGUGUCGGAUUAAUAGAGCUUCCUGAACCGAACCGUCGUAAGCUCUCCAUUGCGCUCUGA